AUGAACAAGUCGCAGAGCAUACCAAUAUCACCAUCGUCGUAUCUUCGCCAUGAGGAUAUGAUACGUCAGCAACGAAGCCAUUGGGAAUACAAGGCCAUGAUGGUGAACGCUGACUUGACAGAUUAUUUGGUUUACAAUCGAAUAAUCAUCGGGAUUGCAAAGACAAUCGAGGCUACCAAAAAUGCCAAGCUACGGGAUCAGAACCAAGCAUUGGUCGAUCACAUUCACUACAUCCGUCAUACUCAAGUGUCUUCUCGAGCGGUGAGGAAGAGAGAAGCGGACGAUCUAAUCAGUAGGAAGCAGGACGACGACGAAGCGCUAAUUUUUGAAAUGGAAAUAUAG